AAACCCCGCGUCGGUCCACCUUUCCUUUUUCUAAGAUAUUUCCUGCACCAAUCCUCAUACUCUACAAUGCGCGAAGUCAUCUCUCUCCACGUCGGCCAGGCAGGUGUUCAGAUUGGUAACGCUUGCUGGGAGCUUUACACUAUCGAACAUGGCCUUAAUGUACGUGCUGGUUUGUUUCACUCCGAUGUUAAAGCGUCCGAAUGUUGGAUUGAUGAAACUGAAUUUUUUCUUUCUGGUUUUCGUGUCGCGUCAUGGUCGCAUUUUCUCGUUCUACUGCGUGGAUUACUACAGCCUGAUGGACGUCUGAAGGAAGACUCGCCCUCCCACUCUGAUCAGGGCUUCAGUACCUUUUUCUCAGAGACUGGUGCUGGGAAGCAUGUCCCAAGAUCACUUUACAUUGAUCUUGAACCCAAUGUCAUCGAUGAGGUCCGAACUGGUCCUUAUCGCAGCCUCUUCCAUCCUGAGACACUUGUGAAUGGAAAAGAAGAUGCUGCUAACAACUAUGCGCGUGGGCACUACACCGUUGGCAAGGAGUUAAUCGACACCGUCAUGGAUAAGAUCCGCAGGCUGGCAGAUAACUGCAGUGGCUUGCAAGGCUUCUUUACUUUCCACUCCUUUGGUGGUGGCACUGGUUCCGGCUUCGGUGCAUUGCUUCUCGAACGUUUGUCGACAGACUAUGGCAAGAAAUGUAAACUUGAAUUCUCCGUGUACCCCGCUCCUAAAAUGUCAAGCUCCGUCGUCGAGCCAUACAAUAGCAUCCUUACAACCCACACAACCCUCGAGCACUCCGAUUGCUCAUUCAUGGUCGACAACGAAGCCAUCUACGAAAUUUGCAAAAGGAAUCUUGGUGUCACCUCACCCAGCUUCACCAACUUGAACCGAAUAAUCGCCCAGGUUGUCUCAAGCGUCACCGCAUCCCUCCGUUUCGAUGGAAGCCUUAAUGUCGAUCUCAACGAGUUCCAGACUAACCUUGUUCCCUUCCCUCGUAUUCAUUUCCCUCUCGCUACCUAUGCUCCAAUCAUCUCAGCCGAGAAGGCAUUCCACGAGCAGAACUCAGUUGCCGAAAUGACCUACUCGUGUUUCGAGGCUGGUAAUCAGAUGGUGAAAUGUGAUCCCCGCGACGGCAAAUACAUGGCUUGCUGUCUUUUAUACCGUGGCGAUGUUGCUCCUAAGGAGGCAACCGCUGCAGUGACCACCAUCAAGACGAAGCGUACCAUUCAGUUCGUCGACUGGUGCCCAACUGGUUUCAAGCUUGGUAUCUGCAAUGAGGCUCCUGCCCUCGUUCCAGGUGGUGAUCUUGCCAAGGUCUCUCGCAGCCUUUGCAUGUUGUCCAAUACCACCGCGAUUGCGUCUGCCUGGAGCCGAUUGGAUCACAAGUUCGAUCUUUUGUACUCGAAGCGUGCCUUCGUUCACUGGUACGUUGGUGAAGGCAUGGAAGAAGGCGAGUUCUCCGAGGCUCGUGAGGAUCUUGCUGCCCUCGAGAAGGACUAUGAGGAGGUUGGCGUCGACUCUGCCGAUGUUGAGGAGGUUGAGGCAGAAUACUAGAUGUUCCGUUUCUGCUAAUGGUUUUUUCACGAUCUUUGAUGCUUCAGUUUGCAUAUCACUUUUUUUU